AAUUCGAUCUAUCGAAGAAAAACCGGUGGACUCUGCUGCUUCGUCGCGCUCCUCAGGAACAAUCGGAACUAAGACGACUGAGUGAAAUUAACAGAUACAGACAAAACCUAUAUCGGAUUGGAUUGGAGUGUCGGAGAGACCGGAGAAGAGUUUUCUUUCAUAGAUCCACCCACAGGAGCUUUAAAGGUCCUCUAAUCAUAGAGUUGACUGCCUGAUGUUUCUGACGAGCAACAACUCAUUAGCCUGAUGGAAGCUGACGACGGUGGGAACAAUUCUAGUCAUGCUUCCAAACAACGUUUGCGUUGGACGCAUGAGCUACAUGAACGCUUCGUUGAUGCCGUGGCUCAACUUGGUGGUCCUGACAGAGCUACACCUAAAGGCGUUCUUAGAGUGAUGGGUGUACAAGGUUUAACUAUAUAUCAUGUCAAGAGUCACUUACAGAAAUAUCGUCUUGCAAAGUAUCUGCCAGAUUCGUCGUCUGAGGGGAAGAAAACCGAUAAGAAAGAAUCUGGAGAUGUGCUCUCUGGGUUGGACGGUUCACCGGGAACACAGAUAACUGAAGCCCUCAAGUUGCAGAUGGAAGUUCAGAAACGAUUGCACGAGCAACUAGAAGUGCAAAGACAGCUGCAACUCAGGAUAGAAGCACAAGGGAAGUACUUAAAGAAGAUAAUUGAAGAGCAACAGCGACUCAGUGGAGCUCUUGGCGAAUCCUCAGGCCCAGUAACAGGCGAAUCAGAUCCUGCAACCCCUGCCCCAACAUCCGAGUUUCCCCUCCAGGGUAAAUCUGGCAAAGAAUGUGAGCCAGACAAGAGCCUUUCAGUUGACGAGUCUCAUUCAUCUUACCGGGAGGCACUGACACCAGACUCUGGGUGUAACGUUGGGUCUCAAGACGAGAGCGCAGGAGAAGAGAGAUCAUCAAAGAAGCCUAGAUUGAUGAGAGGAGGUGCAGCUGGUUAUACGAAUGAGAUGGUAGUGGCGCACCCAAUACUAGAAUCAGGCAUGAACGCUUCUUACCAUCAGUCAGACCAUGCUCUCGCCUUUGACCAUCCAUCUACAUCACUGUUAGGGGCUGAAGAUGGAUUGGACAAGGUUUCUGAAGACGUUCUCUGAGUUGUGUGUAUCAGGUGGCAUCUGUAGUUGAGUGUAUUACUUGUAGUUUUGUUGUCUAUCUUUAUUCCCAAAAGUUAGGAGUUUCCUCUUAGUGAGGUGAUCACAACUCUCUGGUUAUAGACAUUGCCACUAGCAUGAACAAUGAAUAUAUGUCGUGUUUUGCUGUAAUUUGUUAAAAACACCAGUAAGUACUUUCUUACAACACAAGUGAAAGUUCUUCUGAAGCUA